ACACCUCAGGGGCGCAUCCACUGUUAUCGCUGCCAAGAUCAAUCCGAACACUUAUGCAAUAGCUCUCACCUUAUCGAUUAUUUGGGAUGUGUAGUCAUGCGGUUCAACUUUGCCAGUGCUGAUGUAAACGGGGGGACUACAGCUCCCGGCAGACAAAGCGGCUCGGUGCUCCACUAGUUUCACAUUGACCGUAGUUCGCUCUUGUUGAAAAUCCGUUCAUGAUUCACUUCAUUAAUAAAUAAGUAGUUCGGUGUCAUGGCGGAAUCUGCUGCAUGUCCUGCUUUCCAGCUCGGAGGAGCCCGAUACGACCAGGUAAGUGCCCUCUCCUCUGCGUUAAAUGUGCGUUAAUGACAUUUUGUUUUUAAGGCUUUCUGGUGGAAAAACAGCCCCAUCCUCCUCUUCCUCCUCCUCCUCCUCCUCCUCCUCUUCUCUCUCCGCUCUGGAUGCUCACACUUCGCAGCGAAAGUUGCCUUUGAUCCGCGAUCCCAAUCUUCGUAAAGAAACCCUCACAACUUCCACUAUUAACCAACUUCUGCGGUAAUUGGAUGAGUUUCAAGUUUGAGGAAAGAAUAGUCUGUCUGCAGAGUCAUAUCGCUGUUUACAUCUCGACAGAUGGAUUUGACACCCUUUUUCUCGGUGCAUCAUAAUAUCAGUGUUCAGGUCUGCACAUAUCCUGCACGCCAGUCCAUCUUUCUUUUUGACUGUUUUGUUCAUGUUGGGGUUUUUUUAUGCUUUCAAAGAUUUCUGAUCCUGUAAAUACGAAUUUGCUCAACAUUUAUCCAUUUUUAAACACCAUCGUGUCAUUUUCUUCAUAGAUGCCCUCAGCUGAUCCAUUUGUGUUUGAGAUUAAUGGGGCUGCCUGUCCUUAUCUAAAGUCAAUUACUCAUAGUAGUCCUCACAGAUGGAUUUGCAUCGGUCAGCCUUGAGAUAUGAUGUGACCUUCACGUUCACUCACAUAAACUCAGUAAGCUGUAUAAAGUGCAUGCACAUAUCUGAGGCUUCUCCCCUGGAGGCUAUUCAUUAAGCGUGUCCCCAAGGAAAUGAUUUGCCUGAUGGUGCCUCACAGAGCAAAGGUGUUACUAGAUAAGUUGCUCAACUUUUUGAGAUGCUUCGCCUUAAACUUGUGUGAACUAUCAAUGUAGUUAUUAUCAAGGGAAGUGGGGCAAUCUUAAUGCAAAAAAGCAUUAAAAAAGCUAUUUAAACUGUUUUAAUCCAACUACAACUCUUUUAUAUUGAUUCCUGAGCAUAUCUACAGGUCUGUGGCCAAAAGGUUCAAGGCUGCAAGGGCCUCUGACGCUUAAGUAAACAUUUUUUUUUUUGUAAGCUAAAUAGCCAAAGUCAGUGGUUAUUUAUUUAUUUAUUUUUUAAAACUAUGUACAGAGGCGGCCCAAGGCGUUAGCGAACUACGCGUCGGCUUAGGGCCCCACAGCCAGUAGGGGGCCCCCAAAAGCAAUCAAAAAAAAAAAAAAAAUGUAAAUGUUUUUUAGUUUUUGCAUGUAUUAGUGAUGCUUUCCGUACGAUCGAAUAUAUAUUAUUGUAAAGAUUAAAUAAAGUAAAAAUAUUUUAGUGCUGCUGCUGAUGUAGGCCUAUGAUUCUUACUGCCAAUGACACUUUUACAGUAAACACAAUACUUUAUCACUUGGAAUAUUGUGAAAAUCAACCCCAGGCCGCUCUUGCAGCUGAAUGUUUUAUAUUUUGAGAUUAAAAACUAUUUGUGGCACCCUGAACAUCAUUCAUCAGUCUACAUUGGUAUUAUUUGUAUGGUUGCAUUGGUGUCAUUUAUGCUAUUACUUAGACCACCCUCUUAAAUGUGUAAAGAAACGUCAGGCGCAAUAAAUUUAUACUGUAGUAGGUGUGUGAAUGAUCAACAAUCAAUAUAUUGGCAGAAAUAGAGGGCCCCAAAAUCAAAUUUUGCUUAGGGCCCCAUUGAGGCUCUGACUAUGUAAAACAAUCACAAAAAAAGGAGUGAAAACAGAGGGACAAAAGCAAACGAAUCAGAUGCUAACUGACCAACAAGAGAAACAAAGAUGCUGGAAAACAUCCAUAUAAGGAUUCCAAAUGAUCAUGAAUUUAUUUAACAAAAUUAGAAAAGAACCUAUGAGGCAAAUAAUCACAGAAUUAUACAAAAUCAACUCUAGAAAACGAAAAAAAGGACACUAAUGAUCACGAGAAAUUACUUCAAGAAAAAACAAAGCUGUGACACAGGGAUGCAAAACAGUCACAAAGAUUUGUUUAACAACAUAACAUACUAAUACAAAGGCACUGUAGGGAGAAGAAUUACUAAAAGAGAUGUAAAUUUACUUUAGAGGGAUGCAAGACAAUGUUAUAUACAUAAGAGAUCAAAAAGAAAAAUAAAGAGGUACAAAAAAUCAGCUGCAUGACCAAUGGUUGACUAAAAUUGACCCUUCUGGGGAUGCCAAAUGGUACACACACUAAAAACACCCGACAUGAGUACAAAGAUCCCAAUACAGAAAGAAAUCAAGCAUAAGAACUAAGACGACUACAAAAGAUGUUAAAUGACUUCAGAAGUUUGCAGGAAAAUAUAAAGAUUCUCAACAACCUCAAAGAGAUGAAAAACAGACAAAGAGUGGCUGGAUGCUAAAUAGUAACAUAACCUUGUAAUUCUGAUUAUAACAGCCACCUAAAGAUACUGAAUAAGAUCAAAAAGGAAAAAUUUGAUAACGAACAGACACAAAACGAUUGAAGGAACACACACAAAAACUGACACAGGGAUGCACAAUGGUGGGAACAGUAAUAUUUUCCCAAGACGCGACCUGAGCACAAAGAACCUGGCCUCAAAAAUGACAAGAGUGUCAAAGUAAAAGAAAGUCAUGUCAAAGAGAGAUCCAAAGAAUUCACGUACAGCAUAAACUCAAUGAAACAUGGAGUCACUAAUGACCGAAAAGGUUCACAAUUACCUUCAGGGGAUAAAAAGGACCACGUUGAAACCCAAAGCAUGACUAUAAUCAUACGCAAAAGGAUAGUCUGACGUAUUAUAAGGUUUUUAAAAGGGUUAGGAGUGUUUUCUUGACGCUCUUAUUAAAUUGGGAUAUUGCACGUUUCAAAGAGAUUCUCAGUAACAGUUCAUUUACAACACUUGUCUCAUGUGAGUUACUGUUUUUUUAGCGAUCGCCAUCACAAAUCUAAUGAAGAGCGUUAAAUCCUUAACCGACCCUCCCAUCUGCAACCUGAAAUUUAUACCAGCUUGAUAAAGGUGGUGUAAUACUUUCACUCCCUUGCAUCAAAGCAGUUAAAAUUAGGCCAGUCCUCGAAUCAUUAUAAAUCUUGCUCAGUUUGUGUGUACUUGCUUCCGUGCUCCGUUCCUGCCAGCCUUGUUGUGUACUCUCCAGGGAGCUGAGGCUCAUGCAUAAUUAAAGCAGGCUCCUCACAUGGAUCCUCACUCUACCCCAGUCUUACAAAACAGCACUGCAGCACAUAUGGUCCGUCAGAGGAAGAGACAGUGAUGGAGGAAUAGCUGUGUCAGAGAAUCCUGACAUACAGUGAAAAUAGGAGCUUUAUUUGCAGUCUUUAGAGGGACUGAAUAUCAUUUCCAGUCAUUUCAAUUAGGACUCAGUGCUGGACAGAUAAUUAAAGCACAAAGGGGUUUGUUCCACCGUGUUUUCUGCCCUUCAUAAAUGAUAAAUGUCUAAGAGGGAAACUGAUUGAAUCGAGCAUGUUUUUGUCCAGCCGUUUAGCCAAAGAGAUUCUUGGCAUAAAGUGCUGUGGGGCCUUUUCAGACAGUUGGCACGCAUACUUAGCAAAUUGGCAUUCUGAUGAAGGCAGCGAGGGGAACAGAAGAGGGAGCUUGACCAGCAGCUCCAUGCCUCUCUCUCAGGAAUGUGUUCGCUUAAGUAAACCUACUCAAAAUUCAUCAUUUCCUAGAAAGUUUCACAUAAAAGGUGCACUUUUAGUUUCAGAUAUCGUUGUAUUUUACUAAAAUGUUUGGAUAAGGGAGCAACUUUGUUCUAUUUUUGUUCUUCAGUGUAGUCUUGGGGAAUUUUUGCUGUUAUCAAAAGGAAAAAGAGAGGAAGGAAAAGUAAGGAGAGCGGGGAAACAAAUGCUGCAAAUGUUUGUGUGCACUAUAGCCUUUGUUAAUGGGCCACAAGACCAAUUUUGUCAUUUUACCGUGGUGUACAUAAUAAGCCUAUUUACUGUAGUUAAAGCUCCAGUAAGGAGUUUUUUACAUACAUGGAAAAGACUGAAUUUCAUAUCAUUCUCCUUCAUCAGCGACAUGAUUUAGUAUGAGGGGGUAGGUGUUGGCUAAGCUGCAGAAGCUGCUCUGUUUUCACAAUGUCCACAUGAAAUAUUUACAGUAAUUGAUACAUCUGACCGUCAAAAGUCAGCACAAUUGUUUAUGUUUUAUCAGAAGACACCGUUUAAGCAUGUAGAAAAUAAGAUAAGCAAAGAGCCAAAAUGGACUCAAACUUCAUCAUCACUGGAGUUUUCAUAUUUUUAUCACUCAAAUAGCAAGGACUUGUGCAUGAGACUUUUUAUUGACCUUAAUCUUUUCCAGUGAUGAAAUAUUUGGAAAAACAGGUGCAAACAAAAAUAGAAACCCUCAUAUAAAACAAACAAACAGUCAGGAAACACAGACAUUGACUUAAAGUUACCAAAAAUUGGAUACAAUAACUUCGUGUAUACAUAGUAACUAAUGUUAUAAAAAAUAUGCUGAAACUGUGCAAUGACAUUCUGAUUUUAACAUUUGAAUCUACAUCGUGUGGGUAUCAGAGCUCAAAGGUGUGUUGCUAAAGGUUCAGAGCUUCAUACUGCAGCUCAUUGUCUCUGUUUGGGAAACAAAGCAAACAUCGUAGACACUGAGAUGGAGAUAUUUUGGGAAAUGCAUCUUUUUUUGUCUUUCUGCAAGAGUUAGGUGUGAACACCCAUACCACUCUUAUGUCUAAGCUAGGUGUUAUUUUCUGUCUUUAGUGCUUAUGUAAUGUAAAUUAAUCCUGAGGGGCUGAGCAGUUGAGGUGUUUGCCUAAAGUCCUUGUUGCAGUGGUCAUCCCAUCUAAUCAAGUCAAACAUGUACAAUAAAAUAAUCUAAUCCUCUCUGUUCUCCAUUCUUGUUCCAUACAGUCGUGAAAUUGGUACCAAACUUGUUAUCAAUUUUUGGAAAGAUAGGAAAUAUUCCUUUAACUGGAAAUGUCCUACUCAGUCAAAGUGUUGAUUCUAUGGAUUUUGAGCUUUAAAUGACAAAAUAUAACAUAUUUGUUUCACACAACAGCUGAGUUAAAUAUUUUCGUCAAAAUGUUUAGAUAUGAGAAGUUAAAAAAAGCAAAUAAGGCAGCUUUUUCUUUCUCUGCCAGAUUAUGUCUCUGGUUAGUUUGGGAACAGCUUCAUGAACACAGAGAUGUUUACAUUUACAAGAGAUAAACUGACUAUAUCAAAAUGUAACCAAAGUUAAGGCAUGUACUGCAGCUGAGUAAAACAUUGCUCCGGCAUGUGAGAGUUUUCAAAGUUUAUUUUAGCACUCGUGCAUAAAACUUGAAUCGGUUUAGACUUGAGAGGACUUUGACUUCACAGAGAGGAGGAUUGUCUCUCUCUUUGAAAAUGAACUUUGUUUUCUUGUUUCUUCCAGGGUUCGUUCUUUGGACGUCUGAGACACUUCAUCGACAUCAUCGACCCCAGCACCUUGUUUGUGUCUGAGGUAAACUUUUCUGUGUGUGUGUAUACUUCGCUGAUCGAUGAACAAUAUGCUCUGAAUGGAUUCAAAAAAAAAAAGUUUGAGCUGCUGUUGAGUUUCAUACUCUUCUGUUGAUGAAAACUGCCCAAAAAGUCAGAUGUCAAAAUAUUUUAAUAAUAUCUCUGUUGCUCGGAGUUGGCUGAUUCCAAAGUCACAGUUUGCUGCUUGAGUUUGUCUCACAGUUUAUGAUUGAAUAUUGAUUGAAAGAUCAUAAUGAGUUUGUCGGGUGGCUUAAAGCUCCUGUGAGGAGUAUUUUGACAUUUAAGGAAAGACUUAAAAUUAUAUUGAUCCAUCCUUGUGAUAUAAAGAAGCAAACAAGACCAUGGGUGACAAGAUUAAUGGUUUUCAUAUCGUCAUUUCUGGGUUCACCAAAAUCUACUCAAUCUCAUUUGCUAUUCAUCGUUUUAACGCUUUAAUUCAUCGUCUAAUUUAGCUUGUUCCUUUUUUUCUCCGUUUCUAGAAAACGUUGACCGAAAGCAUCAAACUCCUUGAUGACUACAAACAUGGCACACUUCCACCUGGAGUCUCUGAUCUUCAGGUGAGGUUCACUGAUGCCGUCGUGGUAAUAUGCGGAUUGUAUUACAGCGUAAUUUGAUAGCAUGUACCUGAGGGUUGUGGACCUGGUGACUAAUUGUUAGUUAUUUCUCCCUGCCCUGCUCACCUGCAGCUGUGGGACGCCCAGAAGAUCAAGCAGGUAAGUGAUUCUCCGCCCGUCAUACAUCAGCUCAGGUUAACAGCACCUCCAUACAUUGAAGCCUGUGGGCUCCUGGCAGCAUGAGGAUGAUGCCUUGCUCUCUGCACGCAGGCCAUCAUUCAUCCUGACACAGGAGAGAAGAUCUUCAUGCCAUUUCGAAUGUCAGGUACGAUCCACAUGAAGAUCUUUGACGAAGUUGUUGAAGUUGACACCAUUUUUCUCAUCAUUUUCUUUACUCUGAAAAUCACCUCUUGGCUCGUGCAGGUUAUGUGCCAUUUGGAACACCGAUUGUAAGUCUCAUAUGAAACUCACACAUUUAAACUCGGCUGUGCAGAUAUCCAUUUACAUGGUCACGUUUGGGAACUGAUGACAUGAGACUUUGGACUUAUUUUACCCAGAAAUAAGCUCUUAUUCCCUGGUCUCAUCUAGGUCAUUGGCCUUCUUCUCCCAAAUCAGACUGUGCUGUCUACCAUUAUAUGGCAGGUACUGUAAAUAAGAGACGUAUUGUAAAUCCAUUGCAUUGAUUGUUGACUGUCUGGUAAGCGCACUUUUAUUGCCUACAUGUGAACAUUUCCUAUGAGAAAGAGUGGAACAAGGACGCUGAAAAUAAAGUGCUGCUGCUGUUCGCUUCUUUCUGUGUGCUGACGCUUUCUAGAAACAUGUACAGUAACUCUAUCUAUCUAUCUAUCUAUCUAUCUAUCUAUCUAUCUAUCUAUCUAUCUAUCUAUCUAUCUAUCUAUCUAUCUAUCUAUCUAUCUAUCUAUCUAUCUAUCUAUCUAUCUAUCUAUCUAUCUAUCUAUCUAUCUAUCUAUCUAUCUAUCUAUCUAUCUAUCUAUCUAUCUAUUUUUAACCCUUAUUCCCUCUUUAUAAUCUUUCUCUCCUACAGUGGCUGAACCAGAGUCACAAUGCAUGUGUAAAUUACGCCAACCGAAACGCCACGAAGGUAGGCACAAUUUUCUAGCCUUGAUUUGCUGUAAUAUGUUUAUUUUGGGUUUUUUUCACAUAAAAAUAUCAAGCAUGUUUUUCUAUUUUUUCUGGAUAUCUUUUUAUAUCUCACUUAUAUAAAGGUAUGACACAAUAUUUGCCUUGUCCUUCCUCAGCCUACGCCCACAUCCAAGUUUCUUCAAGGCUACGUAGGAGCUGUGACCAGUGCUGUUUCUAUCGCUGUGAGUGAGAUUCUCGUUUAGUUACAUCAGUAUCCCCCUCAGAGUCCAGUUUACCUAUCCUCUUUGAUUUUACCUGCAAAUGCUGUCCUGAGCUGCUUUAAAUGUACACUGCUGAUAUUGUUUCGGCUGGAAUAUUAAUAGAGGCGGUACCAGUGAUCCUGAUCAGCUUUGGGAUACUCAAAGCAGUACAGCUGCAAAACUGAUGUCUGUAUCUUAGUUAGAAUUAGUAAGUAAGAGAGGAUCACAAAGUCACCAUUACUGCUUCAUUAAUAGAAUUAUUUUCCUCUAGAGGUCUAUUUGAGGUACAUUUCUGAAGCAGUUCCUUAUGAUCUCGAUCUUUUCUGUGUUAAAGUCAUUUUCUAACCUUUCUUUUUCUAAUAGGUGGGACUGAAUGUUCUGAUUCAGAAAGCCAACAAGCUGAGCCCUGCCACCAGAAUGAUAAUUCAGAGAUUAGUCCCCUUCCCAGCUGUAGGUAGGUUUCCAAGGAUGUACUGUAUAAGUGAUCAUGUGUAAAUAAGCAUGCGGCCCUCUGCUGGUCGGAGACGUCGCACAGAUUUUGGACGUAAUCUAAUCUGGUCUAAAUAAAGUAAACAGCUUUUACAAAUAAGAUAUAAAAUGAAUAAUGAAGCCUCUUAUCACCUGCAAAGAUAAAUAUUAUCAAGUAGUGUAUCUUCCAAAUAUCAUUAAAUUCAGAGGGUUUCUUCUUAACCAUACAGGUCACAUAGUAAUUUUUAAAGCCUAAUUCUUAAUGUUGCCGCCAGACUAAGACGAGGCUGUGAACAGCUGAAAAAGCAGCCUUAGUUUAUGUUUUCUACUGCAAAGAUUUAUAGAAAGUGAUGUGUUUGUUAAAGUAACACAGGAGGGAGAGGGACUGCAUGUCUGUGUGAAAGCUUCAAUUUUAAUAAAGUGGAAUCAAGAUUUGACUAAGAGUACUUUGAAAUAACUUAUUGUUUUGAUAAGUGCCUGUAUCUCUUGCCUGAAUAUCUUUUAUUGUCCUGUGAGAAAAUGUUUCAGAUUUUAAAAAAGACCGUCUUUGUCUCUAAUCAACCUCAGCGAGUGCAAACAUCUGCAACGUUGGCCUGAUGAGACACAAUGAGCUCUCUGAAGGGAUCGAUGUGCUGGACAACAAUGGGAAUGUGGUGGGAUCCUCAAAAAUCGCUGCAAGACAUGUAAGUAGCUUUUUUUUUCACACACUCGUUGUUAGUCUGUCAGUUACAUUAACAUUUCAUUAUGUAUGUGAUGGCAGCUGAUAAAACGAAAAGGCAAUAAUUCCUGCUCCCCUCCUGUCACUCAGCAGACAUCUGAUCCCAUGAAAAGGGAAAAUUAAAUCCAACUCAUUGCAAUAUUUGAAGUGAAGCGUGUGCACAAUGUUCUUUUUUUUCCCCCCCAGGCGAUCAUGGAGACUGCUUUCACACGUGUGGUCCUCCCCAUGCCGAUCUUUGUCCUGCCCCCCAUCAUCAUGUCCUACCUGGAGAGGUUCGUACAAAAAUAUACUAUCAAUCAAUCAAUUUUUAUUGACAUAGCACCAAUUCAAGACAAGUGUUUAGAGAGGGGAAGAGAAAGAUGGACCGAUCCGAUCCAGAGAGCCUCAUGAUAUAAUGGAGCUCAGGGACUCUUGUUAAAUCUGUCGAUCACUUUAUAUACAGCAUACUUUUUUUGGCCUGUAAAAUGUAUAACAUCAGAAAAAUGUUCCUCAAAACUUCCCUCAGUCCAAAGUUUUGUUUAGACUUGAUGUGCUCAAACUUUUCUAGCAUAUGGAACAGACUAGUUUGUGAUUACAGACCUGAAUUUGAGUUUCGGACGUUGCUUUUACUAUAAAACAUACUAAGUAAAAUGUCACAAAGAAUUUUCAAAACUAAAAAUAUCCUGUUUCCUGCUUUCUUCCCCCCUUUUUUUUAUUACAUUUCUUCUUCUUACCUAUGUAUAGUUUUUAUUUUGGUCCUCAUUGUCUCAUUUUAUGUUGUAGGGUUCUUGUAUUGUCUGGGUUUCUCAUGACAACUGAAAUUGGCCUUCAAUUGGGCAGCCUUGUUUUUAACUGUUUGUCAAAGCACUUUGUAAACCUCUGUUUUUAAAAGUGCUAUAAAAAUAAAGUUAUUAUUAUUUUUAUUAUUAAAAAAGCAGUGAGCAUAUCCCCGGUUGAUGCAGAACUGACCUCUGUACUUCACUGAAUAAUCUAAUCAAAUGAUAGAGUUACAGCAUUUCUAUUUUCGGGGCCAAAGUAGAUAAAAUAGUUGCAAAUAUUGAAUUAUGAGAGAAACUGCUAAAGUUCAAGUGGAGUUUGACUGGCUAAAGAACACUAGCUCAGAAAUGAGCAGACUCACUCGCUUCUAUUGUCUGUUUCUAACACUGAAGGUCUUGAGACUGUUCAGAGUUUAAUAAUCUCCUCAAAGAAGCUGUAAAUUUAAUGAACUGUUAUUAUUUUCUGUUUUAUUUUGAUCUCAGCGGUUCACAGCAUUGCUUUGUAUCUUUUUUUUUUCCGUUGCUGUCUUCUGUUUUGUGGCGGUUUCAUGUAUUAGAAUCUGGUCUGCUGAUAUAAAUUAAUAAAUUCUCGUGUGUGUAAUGAACUGCAGUCAACAUAUGGUCUGCCCUCCAGUACUUACCACACAUUUAUUCAGCCGGAGUCGGUCACAGCCAGUUAAAACCAUGAGAAAGACUAACGUUUUAUGCAGUCCUGUGUUUUUUUUAACACAUAGCAGCCACACUAAAGCAGAACUUUGGUUUGUAUUCUGACAUUUAGACAACAGAAAGAAGGAUUGCUGGGAUUUGACUCAUUAGACCCAGAAGUGCAACUUUCACACAGACAGAUAAAUCUCGCACCCUCAGACCGUCGACAACAGCUCCCCCAAAACACUGCUCGCAAUGUUUUUCCAAAGGAUCCAAAAAUAACUCGCGCUCGUCAUCUGGGAUUCGAUCCACAGAGCAGGCUCGUGUUUCGUUUGAUCAUCUUCUCUUGACUUGUGCGCAGGCUGCGAUUCCUGCAGAGCAACCGCAGAUUGUUGCUGCCCAUCCACAGCGUUGUGUGCCUGGUUACCUUCGGCCUCUCCCUGCCUCUAGCCAUCAGCCUGUUCCCCCAGAUGUCUCAGGUACGUGCCGUAAAUCAUUAGCCCGUUCAUCUGCCUCUGCUGCUGACUCAAGGCCAGAUGGCUGAGGGAAGCAUCUGGGAGAAAAUUAAAAUUAUACAUACACCACUACACACACACACGGCAAUGACCCACAAAACUUGUACUCACUCGUUUUUAAAGAUAUCUCUUCCUGAGUCUGAUUAAAAGUCAGUCAUUGAGGCUCAAAUGACGGCUCGCAGAGAUGUAGAGCUGAAAUUUUAUCUGCUGUAUUUACCUUUCUUGUUUGCAGAUUGAGGUGUCUCGCCUGGAGCCAGAGAUUGCCAUGGCAACAGAUUGUAAGGUUGUGACCUACAACAAGGGUUUAUGAUGGAUGGCUUGGUGCUGGAGAGCAGAGGACAGGGAGCAGGGAUGGAAAUGAAGCUGCAUGUGAAGAGCUGUCAGGGGGCACCCAGAGCUGAGUUCUUCCUUUAAACCAGCCUGCAAGCACACUGUACUAACAAAUACUGUAAAAACCUGUUUAAAAAUUGCUAAAAAAAAGGUUGGUAAAUAAUGAGGCUUCUCAGUUAUGGGCAGAUUUUAUUCCUGUCCUUGUAAUCCAAAGCAAGGAAGGUGCCCCGUAUAUAGAUCUGAUUUUAGAUAAACUGUAAAAUCAGGUUUUAAACACGGCUAAAAUUGUUUUAAUAUAUAAAACUCAGUGAUUAACAAGCAUCGGCCACAUUUUGUCGCCAACUCAGAACUCAGCUGUAUAUCUGGAUGUGUGCAUUGUAUACCAUGUAGCUGCCAGAUAUGCCAAACUGGAUACGGCUGCUUUUGAUAUAAGGUUUUUAAAAUGAGUUAAAACCUGCAAUAAAUCACAUUUUGCCCACUCUAAGGACAGGGGGGGUAAAGGAAGUUAUAAACACUGCAGAGACAUAUCAUAUUUUGAUGUGAUGAUGCAGUGACCCAUCAGCAAACAGUUAUUAUAACACAUCCUGAGCAAUAUGCUAGUUUUAAUCUGGUGCUGUGUUUUCACCACCACAUAAUUGCGAAUCCCAUACUCGCUCCUAGUUCAACAUAGACUUAAAGGGAUAUUCCGGCGUAAAAUUAAGUUAGGAUCAAACACACGGUAACACCGGGUUAGACAACCCCUCGAGAGAUGAAUGUUGCCGGCCGCUUGCUUCUCUAGUUUUACCAACUUUAGUAACGACCACACGAUAGCAAUACACAACAGUCUGAGGAGCCAUAAACAAACCUCAACCAAAACGCCACUCUAUAGUCACAAAUAAUGGUCAAAACAGCACCUAACUUCAUCAACAGUACAAAUGGGGUCCCAGCCAUAGUACUAGCCACCAAACAUCUUUUUAACUUUUAACUCAGCUCAAGGAAAUGCAAUCAGAUGAAGACGCUAAGGCAGAAGAACUACCGUGUCUGCUGUGCAAAAUGAUUAAUAUGAUGAUUAUUACUUCAAGGAAAUGAUAAAGUAAUGAUCAUAAAUGUUCUUCCUUGAACUGCGUCACCCCGCAGCAGUCUGUAAUGGACUGGCCUGAGGUCUCGCUACAAACAAGCAGCUGCUGGAAGAGAGUAGGUGAGGUGUGUUUAGUCUCUUUGCUAAAGAAAUUGGGCAAAGUUAAAAAGAUGUUUGGUGGCUAGUGCUGUUGAUGAAGUUAGUUGCUGUUCUGAGCAUUAUUUGUGGCUAUAAAGUGGCGUUUUGGUUGCGGUUUGUUUAUGGCUCCUCAGACCCCUGUGUAUUGCUAUCGUGUGGCCAUUACUUAAGUUGAUAUAACUAGAGAAGCAAGCAGUUGGCAACAUUUAUCUCUCGAGGGGGUGUCUAACUUGGUGUCACAGUGUGAUUGACCCUCAAUUAAUUUUACGCCGGAAUAUCCCUUUAAAAGCACAAGAAGUCAGAGCCAUUAUGAUACAAUCCAAAUGUUUGUCCAUUACCUUUCUUAAAGCUCUGUUGGGGAGUUUUAAACUGAUUGCAAAACAGUAUUUGAUGCACAUGCCUGUCAAUGUGCUGCAAAAGCCACAAAAAAACAUCAGUAGCAGCGAGACUGGUCAUUUCUGUGUAGUUAAUUUUAAUGCCUGAAACUGCUGCUGGAGGGGGGGUAGGUGUCAGACAACAUGAUUUCAUCCCGCAGAGAGAAGGGUUUGCUGCAUUUCCCAUGACAAUGAUGCACUAUGGGUGAUGUAUUUGAAUUUUUUUUUAGAAAGAUUUAGAAAGAGAUUUACGUUAAAAAAUGCUUCUAGUACAUCAAGAAUCAGCAGAAGAAGUGCAGUUUUGUCCACUAGAGGGCACCACAACCAACAUGAACCAUAAGUUCCUUUUUAUAAUGUGUUUGGCUAUCAGCACUUUUGUGAACUAGGAGGACCAGGAGACAUUUGGAAUAGAUUUGGAGGAAUCUGGGGAGCUGAGAGAACGCUCCAGAUCAUUAGCUUGGUGGAGUUCUUGACCAGCAAGCUCCAUCCUAAAUUCCUGCUUACCAGGAUAUUGAUUAACUAAUUUUUGCCUGUAAAAAUUGUCAUGAAAGUUAAAUACUGAACCACACAGGUGACCAGAGGAUUUGGGUAAACUGUCAUAGACUUGAAACACCAUGAUAGAGUCAAAGUUAUAACAAUACUUGACUACUUAUCCUGCUAACAGUUGGAUAUAUUUUUACCAGAUUUGACUUGAUUCUGUUUUUGUUUCAUGUACAUGAUUUUUGCAGGUUUAGUGAGGUUACAAAGCAUCAUUAAUGUUGUUGUUGUUCUCAGUACUCCCUCAGAUUGAGUCCGUAGGUCCUUCUCAUACUACAAAGCAGUGUCACAUAUACUGAUCAUAUUAAUAAUGGUUUAGUAAUUAGCAAGUGCUGAUAAAGGCAUGUGACUUUCACAGCCCAUGAGUGCCCUCUGCUGGACAGACUGAAAAACCUGUCCCUUACUGAUUUUAGGGCUGUUUGGAGAUGCUUUUUUUCGUUGUUAAUCAUCUAAAAAAAUCACAGAAAUAGUCUCAAACUGUGUUUAAAAAAAACGAAAAACAGACGCAAUACUUGUCUAUUUGACUCAAAGCCAACAGGGUGUUUUUCUGCAGUGUUAUUUCUACUGUAUGUGUUGUUAUACCUGAUUCCCCUGUCUAGACACCAGCGAACAGCGGGGUUAUUUUGAGUAGGUGUUCAAGAACUGUAACAAUUACUGACCCAAUUUCAGUACUUGGUAAGAUUUAAUCAGUGUUGCAUCGGUGCUAUAAUGACUGUGCUAUAAACUGUAUCUGCAAUAAGCUAGAAUCAGCACAAUCAGGCUGCAGUUGUUGUACAUUAUGGUGAGAAACAUAUUUUCCCUGAAGAAACAAUGACGUAGAUAUCAAAGUCUUAAUAAUCUCAUGGAGAACUCUGCACUGACCUUCUGUAAUUGCUGAUUUAUUAUUUACAAUGACCGAAAACUGGUCUAUUCUGUAACAUUAUUAUCAAUGUGAAGCCACUCUGUAAACAGCUUGACUUUGUAUGUCAGAUUGCGGAGAAUGUGCUGUAGAUGUAUAUCAGUGUACACUCUGUUUAAACCGGUAAAUAACAUGUAUUUUAAUCCAUCAAUGUGAAACAUUACACUGGAAUUUACUGUCUUGAUUUUUCUACUGUAGCCAAAUCCUAUAUGCUAACAUAAUGAAGGAGGGACGUGUAACUCAACUAAUGACUGUUUCUUGAAACACUGUUGUAUUCCUAAAUGGUUAAAUUUUUAUACUAAAUAAAAUUAAUAUAUGUGUCUGCUGAUUAUGAGCAAGAA